GUCGGAGGGAAAGAAGCGGAUCGAUAAGUGGAUCAGAUUUAUUAAAGGCUGUGAGGAGCCACACUGAGCUGUGGGUGUCAGGUCUGAGCAGCAGCAGCAGCAGCAGCAGCAGCGGAGGUAGAGAAAGAGAAAUGAACCUGCUGCUCAGACUCACUGUGUCCGUCCACAUCCUGCUGUGUCCGGCAUGGGCCUCCUCUCAUCAGCCUUUCAUGGACAGCAUCUUCUCAGCCCAGACAGGUCUCAAUUUACAGGACGAUCCUCUGAGGUUUGACCCCUGUUGUCUCACGUCACCUCUUCCACCUCCACUCUUCCCUCCGCCGCCUCAGCUGUGGAAGCGAGGAAACCCAGAUAUUAAGAGUCUGUUGGAGCCUAGUGUCAACGGAGGAGAAGUGCAGCAAAAAGAAAAACCUGCACCCGGGUGUUUGCCUGGACCUUCAGGACCUCCAGGACCUCAAGGCUCAGAGGGUGAGCGGGGACUACCUGGCAUCAGAGGACCAAAGGGGGAGAAGGGAGAAAUUGGACGCCCGGGGUCAAAGGGGCGCACUGGAGCUCCAGGACUUCCAGGAAAACAAGGACUUCAAGGGUGGCCUGGUCCAGAUGGACCCAAGGGGGAGAAAGGUGACCCUGGACUCAUGGGAUUACCAGGUCUGAGGGGACCACCGGGCACAAAGGGUUUACCUGGUUUUAAAGGAGACAAGGGUUCUCCAGGUGACCUAGGGUCACAGGGGCCAAAAGGCGACAAGGGCUCCAUCGGUUUGCCUGGGAUGCUUGGACAGAAGGGGGAACAAGGACCAAAGGGAGAGCCGGGAAUAUCAGGGAAGAGAGGACCGACGGGACGGCCCGGAAAGAGAGGGAAACAGGGCAUGAAGGGCCACAGUGGAACUCCAGGACUUGUGGGUCCCCCAGGUCCUGCUGGUCCAAACGGCCUUCCUGGACCACCUGGUCCCCCCGGUUCAGGUCUGUAUCUGGUUGGAGAAAAGGGAGAGAAGGGGUUUCCAGGUCCUCCAGGUCGCUGUGACUGCGACACCAUCCUCGGAUCUAACAACGCCCCCUAUGGAAGUUACACUCAGCGUGGGGGCCCCAGUAAAGUCCCUGCAAUAUUCGUGGUGGACAGUAAGGAAGAGAUGAGCCGUCUCCAGCUGGACAACACAAUAGUCUUCAGGAAGGAUCAGAGGAUGCUGUAUUUUAAAGAUGCAGAUGGAUGGAAACCCAUACAGCCUUUCCAGCAGUUCCAGUCCACGGAGAAAGUUCCGGACAGAGUGGGUGUGUGUGGAGAUGGAAAGGUGCAGUCGCAGCACGGGGAGGAGUGUGACGACGGAAACCAGAUUGUCACUGACUCUUGCCUCAACUGCAAGUGGGCCUACUGCGGCGACGGCUACAGACAUGAAGGCAUGGAGGAGUGUGACGGCAAGGACUUUGGCUAUCAGACCUGCAAGACCUAUCUGCCUGGAUCCUUCGGGCAGCUCAGAUGCACCGACUCCUGCCUCAUUGAUUCAACCGGCUGCACGUACUUCACCUGAUU